GAUAACAGCGAGGAGUCAUGCCAUUCAACAAACAAUACAAUUUCCACCCCAAUCACCAAUGAAUCACCUUCUGUUUGUCCAAUACCAAUGACACCUAUGACUCCUGUAACACCAAUGACCCCUGUAGAAAGUUCUGGAAUAUGUCCCCAGUUACAAAAUAUUGUUUCCACUGUUAAUUUGGCCUGCAAAUUGGACCUGAAGAGAAUAGCCUUGUGUGCAAGAAAUGCUGAAUAUAAUCCAAAGCGGUUCGCUGCAGUGAUAAUGCGAAUAAGAGAGCCCAGAACUACAGCAUUAAUCUUCAGUUCAGGCAAGAUGGUUUGCACUGGAGCCAAAAGUGAAGAACAGUCCCGAUUAGCAGCUAGGAAAUAUGCACGUGUUGUUCAAAAACUUGGAUUUCCAGCAAAGUUUCUUGAUUUUAAAGUCCAGAACAUGGUUGGAAGUUGUGAUGUGAAAUUUCCUAUCAGAUUAGAGGGGUUGGUUCUCACCCACCAACAGUUCAGCAGCUAUGAACCAGAAUUGUUCCCAGGUCUUAUUUAUAGAAUGGUCAAGCCAAGAAUUGUUCUGCUAAUAUUUGUCUCUGGCAAGGUUGUUUUGACAGGUGCCAAAGUACGUUCAGAGAUCUAUGAAGCCUUUGAAAACAUCUAUCCCAUUUUGAAGGGCUUUAAGAAAGCAUCAUGACAUCCAUAUAACUUUUACACAGAAACUGAUAUCAAUGUGGAUGACGAUGUAUUAAGUAAAAUCUCUUCCUUGGGACCACAUCUAAUAUCACAAUUCACAAAAUCAUGGAGAUAUCAACAAGGGUAGGUCUUCUGGACUAUUUUAAUUCAUCCAACCGAAAGUGCCUGAUGUUUGUUUGCUUCAUCGUAUCUGAGACAUUU